CAGACGGAGUCGUUGGCCAAAGGUAUAACUCCACUUUCAAACAACUGACUGCACACCCUACAGGGUGAAGGAAAAAAAAAAACAAAAGAAAUCGCAAAGCCUGUCCUUUGCUCUCAUUGGCACCAGGAUAUAAAUGAAAGUUUAGACAAACAGAACAAGUUCAGACGCACAGACCAUGGAUCACAGCAAGACCUGGUUAGCUCUGGGACUCCUGCUUUGCUGUUAUAUGAAACUCUCCUAUGGGAUUAUUCCAGAGGAAGAACAAGAUCCAUCCUUCUGGAAUGUGAAAGCCAAGCAGUCUCUGCAAAAUGCACUUGAGCUGAGCCAUAAUUACCACAAAGCCAAAAAUCUCAUCCUGUUUCUUGGAGAUGGAAUGGGAGUCCCAACAGUAACAGCAGCCCGGAUCUACAAAGGGCAACUCAACAAUCAGCCAGGAGAAGAAACAAUUCUCGCUAUGGAUAAGUUUCCGUAUGUGGCUCUUUCCAAGACCUAUAAUGUUGACCACCAGGUGCCUGAUAGUGCAGGCACUGCCACAGCCUACUUGUGUGGUGUAAAGGGAAACUACGGAACCAUGGGACUUAGUGCAGCAGCCAGACGCUUUCAGUGUAACACCACCAAAGGGAAUGAAGUCUACUCUCUGCUUCACAGGGCCAAGGCAGCAGGUAAAUCUGUUGGCAUUGUGACCACGACACGUGUUCAGCAUGCCUCUCCAGGAGCUGCCUAUGCCCAUAUUGCCAACAGAGACUGGUAUAGUGAUGCAGACAUGCCUGCCUCAGAACGGAAUGCUGGCUGCAAGGACAUUGCUUUCCAGCUCAUCAAUAACACCGACAUUAAUGUAAUCCUGGGUGGAGGAAGGAAAUACAUGACACCAAAUGGCACAAAGGAUCCUGAAUAUGAUAAAGAUUCUUCUCAAUCUGGAAUCCGAUUAGAUGGCAAAAACCUCAUACAGGAGUGGCUGAAACAAAGACAAGGUGCAAAAUAUGUUUGGAAUAAAAGUGAUUUUGACAAAGUGGACGUUAAAACAACAGACUAUUUGAUGGGACUAUUUGAACCAGGAGAUAUGAAAUAUGAGCUUAAUCGGAACAAUACCACAGACCCCUCACUUAUUGAAAUGACUGAAAAGGCAAUCAGAAUCCUGAGCAAGAACCCCAAAGGAUUCUACUUGUUUGUGGAAGGGGGGAGAAUCGACCAUGGGCAUCAUGAUGGCAAAGCCAAACAAGCCUUGACUGAGGCUGUGAUUUUUGAUCGAACAAUUCAGAGAAGCUCUGAGCUGACAAGUGAUCUGGACACUCUGUCUGUGGUUACUGCUGACCAUUCGCACGUCUUUACUUUCGGAGGGUACACAUUACGUGGAAAUUCAAUCUUUGGUUUUGCACCGGAAAAUUCUACUGACAAGAAGCCUUAUACUUCAAUUCUAUAUGGAAAUGGCCCAGGAUAUGCAUUGGAAAAUGGAAACCGGCCACUGGUGAACAUCAGUACAGCAGAGAAUAACGACUACACACAACAAGCUGCAGUUCCUCUAGAUUCAGAAACUCAUGGAGGGGAAGAUGUGGCUAUUUUUGCCAAAGGGCCUAUGGCUCAUCUUUUCCACGGUGUCCAGGAGCAGAGCUAUAUACCUCAUGUCAUGGCUUAUGCCGCUUGCAUCGAUCCUUACACUGACUGUCAACUUGAUCCUGCUGGAGGUGCCUCAACAAUUGGGCCCAGCUGCUUCAACCUCUCUGUGCUGUCCAUGUUGCUUAUUCUUGUCAAUGUCUAAGUGGAUUACUCAAGGCUACUUUGGAGUGUCUACAGCAAACUGUUAAUAACAACUGAAAACUACUGUAUUCAUUCAAAAAUGGCUGAACAAAUGUAACUGAUGUAACUGAUACUGCCCUACUAUACCUGCAGCCAUAUUACCCUUUUAUGUUCUCCAUUUGCCUAUUCCAGUUUCCUCAAAACCUCUUUUCUACUUCAAAGAAUGCAGAAGCUGCCCCACCUGCAACCUUCCAUUUUAGCAAGUUUCAUUAGAAACUGUUUGAAAAUAUCUCUUUUAUACAUUUAUCUUCUAGUGAUGCAUACAACUUAAUGUUCACUCUUUGUGCAUUUUUAUUUCUCCACAUAUGCCAAUACAGAGAAUUAGACUGCCUCUUAAAUGCUUUUCUUAAUUACCUGCAAAGAAUAGAUCUACUUCUCCAUAAACUGACAGAUAGAGAUGUACAGUUUAGUGUAAACCUGGUAUCACCUUCUGGUGUGGAGUUGGUAGAUCUUCUGCAUUGGCUUUCUCCAGAUGGUCCAGUUUGAUCCCACAUUCCAAAGGUUCCCAAAAACUCUAAAUUAACCAAGUCUACGUGUAUACACUACUGUGAUGGUCCUGCAUGCCAUUUACACUUUGUUCCCUUCUUCAGAUGGACUAGCUUGCUACAACCCCUGUCAUUAAUAGCACCAAACAGACAGAACUCACUGGCCUGCUGCACAUGCAGAGUGAUCAUCAGGCUAUCAGCAAAACUCAAUGCAUUUUUUUUCCUCUUAUGUUCCUUAACACAUCUAAUUCUUAUUUAUUGUUAAUCAAAGAAUUUUCAUUCCUCAGUGGUAAAGUCUCAGAGAUAGUAUAUAAUCUGGAUCAUCAGUUUUGCCAGCACUUCUGUCCAAGUGUCUGCAGGAUGGUUGAUAGCCUGAAAGCUUUAAGAAGUCAGCUUUCCAUUAUCUGUUCAAGUGAGGCAGCACUUUGUAAACUGGGAGAACAGUUACUAAUUCAUGAUCAUAAAGCAAAACCUGCAUUAUAAAUGUAAACUUUGCCCCAGUUUUACAAUAAAAAGAGUGGUGCUGCUUAAAA